UCCCGGAGGGCUUUGGAAAGGCAGUUCUGAGCAGAAUCAGGGGUCUCUCCGUUGUGGCUGCCGUGGAAAUUUUCUCAGAUUCUUGUGCUUGUGCUACUAAAAUCAACCCUAACUAAAGAUGCAUCCAGACCUGUCUCCUCAUCUGCACACUGAAGAGUGUAACCUAAUUAUCAGUCUGCUCAAGAAGUGUCACAAGGAGCACAACGUUUUGAAGUUUUUUGGCCAUUGCAAUGAUAUUGACCGUGAGAUGCGGAAGUGCUUAAAAAAAGAGUAUGAAGAAAACAGGAUCAGAAACAGGGAAAAACGACAGAGGAUAAUUAAUGCUCACAAAGCCUCACAGAAGUGAGCUGUGCUGUAGCUGGACAGCUGCAGCUCCAUGGGGACAUUCACUUGGAAGGUGACAGAAUACUCGUGUUUCAUCACCAGUGCCCAGCCUGUGGUUUGCGAAACGGUGACAAAAUAAAUGCAUCUAAUACAUAUUCAUUCCCAACAAGGCAAACAAUGUGACAAAAUAAAUAUAAUAGAUCACUCACAACCUAACUUAAUUUUUGACUUCUAAAACUACUGUGGAAAAUCUUUGUUCUAGCACAGUUUUAUGAUUAAUAAUGAGGAAUUGGUGUGUGUGUGAGGUACUAUGUAUUUAAGGCUUCUGUUUUCCCCACUUUGUACUGAGUUCCAUUUAUUUCCUUGUGUUUAGCAAUUUCUUUCAUAGCUUGCGUUUCAUAGGGGGUUUUUGUUUGUUUUUCAUUGCAAAACAUGAAGUUACUUUUUCCAUUGCUUUUUGUAGUGUUGUGAUAACACUUCUUGAAUGGAUUAGGAAAAAGAAAUUUUAAACAGAUGUGGCUUGAAAUUGGAAAUUGCCUAUCAAGGAAUAAUUGGAGUUCUAGCAUUUUUAUUCGAGCUAAAAGGAUGAAGCUACUGUUUUCAGCUGAGAAGAUUACARAUCCUCCCUGCCAACCAUAUGCACAGUGUAGACUGUUGUAAGACAAUUUGUUCAUCAUACCCAAAGCAAGCGGCUUUAGAAWUUCAGAAUGGAACAUUUCCAGGGAUUUACAAAACUUCGCCUUGAUUUCUGUUGAGUACAAUCAAUGUGUGCUGAGUGAUUUUUGAAGAGGAGUACUGCCAAAAAUACAAGCUAAAGUUCUUCCAUUUUCUCUGGUACAAAGGUAGAAUCAAGUUAUGACUAUUGGGGUUGAAGCAAAGUUGACACUGAAGUGAAAGAAAAGUGUUACUUUCUCAGGCAAGGCAAUGUGUAUUGUUACCACRUUGCAUUGUUGGYCUAUAAAAGGUGUUUAUUUGCCAUWRAAGUGCUGAAAGCCURGAACAAGUCUUGGAAUUCAGAAGAUUUUGUAUCAAAACAUACACUGGUUUGUCCAGUGAUGGAGCUGCUUCUUGAUGUGUCACCUCACUUUUAAAUAAUGCCUCUGUUCUGCCUGGCAGCAAAAGACCUUUUUAAAAAAAGUUUUGUUGAGCCAAAUAUACAAAGUGUCAAGAAACCUUUUGAAAAAAAGGUGCCUAUUCUACAGUGAAUUACCUGGUUUGUUGUAAGAACCAUUGUUGAUAUUCAAUCUUAAAAUUGGUACAUGCUCUUAUUUUUGGAAGAAAACUGUAUUUUGUGAUCCAUUUUAAAGGUGAAUUAGAUAGAAUAAUUUUACUUAUUUUUCAAUACCUGGAUGGACCSAACUAAAUCAAUAAAACUUAACCGCAAAUGUUUUCAAUGAAAGCUCCAAGCAAAGCUGAAGCAAUUGUUUCUGCAUCUUGACAUGCUGUUUUUUUCUUAGAACAAGUAAAUGAUUCACUGUUUGAAUUAAUACUUGRAGGGUUGGAAGUGGUGCAGCCUUCAUUAGUAGUUUUCAGCGUAUUUUCAAAGAGUACUUCAUAGUGAACUCCUCUGUCUGGGAACUCUGCAUCUGCGUACUUCUUCCAUUUGAGAUGACAUAACCUACUUCAGGCAAGCUCUUAWAUAGGAUUUGUAAUCUUUAAGUAAAUAAAUGAGAAUUGUUCUAGAGACUAGGUUGAGAAGCUGAUAGUUGAGUGCUGAAGCACUGAAGCUUUUGUUUCUUUAAUCGGCUUCUGUGAGUCCCGAUCUUUCAUACAGGAACAAAAUAAGAAUCCAAGAKCCACUUAACACAGCUCAUUAGUCAGAAUCGUGUUUGCAAAGAUCGAUGUGCUUAGUGAAUGAAAGACCAAAUGGCACACACAAUUUCUAUUGAUACUUUAAACUACAUUUAUUUAUAAAUCUAUUUUACAGAUCAGCUUUGUUUACCUAGUCAAAGUCUGAGCAUGGUCAUCCUUCUGUUUCUCUUUGCUAAUUGCCCACUAGUAGUGUGAUAUGAGAAUGCCCAUUGAUUCCUGUGGGUUUUGUUCUUUUGUUUGACACAGAGUUCAUGUUGCUAAUUUGAUUUUGAAGCUGAGAAACACUGUCAUAAUACUACUUAUGAUUUAUCUGACAGAGAAAGGGAUAAGGGUAAAAUGGUACAUACGGGGUUUUUUCUUGUUUCCUAAAGUGAGCUUGGGUAAAAUAAACCUUAUCUCUAGACUUUGAA